AGGUUUCAGUGUGAGAUACUUUGUGCCUUCAGCAAAUCUGUGACUGCAUUCGAUGUUUACUGUUUCUCUAGGAGAUCUGGAAAAGACAACCCCUUCAGGUGCACAUAUGUUCUCCCUGAUGGUAUUACACAUACAAAAGGCUAUGUCAAAGACUUGGAGGAAGCACGAAGGUAUCUUUCUCUGCCAGAUGGAAGCUCAACUGCACAAUGUGGGCCGAAGGAAGUAAUAGAAUUCCAGGAUGAUACAGAGAAACCUGAGGAUCGGAGGAGAAUAGACUUGACAAAAAAUGAGUUCUACUUGACUAAUGAGCGUUUCCUCGUACCUGAGAUGCUCUUCCGUCCUGCUGAUUUGGGUAUGAGUCAAGCUGGAUUAGCUGAAUGCAUUGUUCGUGCUGUUAGUUCAUGCCAUUCUCAUCUUCAUCCUGUGCUUUUUGAGAACAUCAUAUUGACUGGUGGAAGCACGUCGUUUCCUCGAUUUGCAGAACGAUUAGAAAGGGAGCUACGGCCUCUUGUACCUGAUAAUUAUCAAGUGAAAGUUACUACCCAAGAAGAUCCUAUUUUAGGUGUAUGGAGGGGUGGGUCGCUUUUGGCAUCUAGCCCUGAUUUUGAAUCAAUGUGCACCACAAAGUCCGAGUAUGAAGAGAUUGGAACUACCCGCUGUCGACGCCGUUUUUUUCACUGAACAUCUGAUUAGGAAGUUUAUGAUGCCAGUAGUGUCUUCGAUGACAUGCAUGUGGAAGAGCUCAUAGUUGGAAUUUUAUUCGGUGACAAGUACAAAAAUCAUUAAAUUGAAGGAUAGGUAGCAGACUCCUUGAACAAGGUUGUGGUCUGAUCCUAAUUUGCUUUUUACACUACUUUGGUACGACAGUUGUCUGAAUUGCUGACAGCUCUAAUGCACUUAUUAAGCUGUUCCAAACGCCAGUUUGAAGUGCCAUAUAUAAGCCUCCACUACCAUGGAUGCAGUGCGUUAUAAACUCCAACGAAUUUUCUUUGUUUGACAUGAUCCUUGACAGGGGUAUCUGGAUGCUAGGUUAUGAUUUAGGGGAUUACAAUAUAGUAUGUGGGAUAUGGAAAAAAGUGCCUCAAAAUUCCAGAGUGAUUAAAUCUAUUUUUUUCAUGCUUCAAGGUUCGUAGUUGGAUGGAUGUUCUAGUUUUUUAUUUUAUUUAGUUUAUUCUAUUUAAUUUUAUUUAAAUUAGAAACUUCUAGUUUUCAGGUACAUUUAUUUUC